UGGAAGUAGCCACCAAGGCCAACCCCUGGGAUGGGAAGACCCUGAAGCCCGAGAGCGUGCGGUCGCAGCUGGACACCUCCCUGGAGAGGCUGAAGAGGACGAGUGUGGAGCUCUUCUACCUGCACGCCCCCGACCACGGGACCCCCGUGGAGGAGACACUGCGUGCCUGCAAUGAGCUGCACAAAGAAGGAAAGUUUAAAGAACUUGGUCUGUCAAACUAUGCAGCGUGGGAGGUUGCAGAAAUCUGCACUAUCUGCAAAUACAACAACUGGGUGAUGCCAACUGUGUACCAGGGUAUGUACAACGCGACCACACGCCAGGUGGAGACUGAGCUGUUCCCCUGCCUCAGGCACUACGGGCUGCGCUUCUACGCCUACAACCCCCUUGCAGGAGGGCUGCUGACUGGCAAGUACAAGUACGAGGACAAAGACACGCGCCAGCCCACGGGGAGGUUUUUUGGGAAUGACUGGGCUCAAGCCUACAGGGACAGGUACUGGAAAAAACACCAUUUUGAAGGGAUUGCCCUAGUUGAAAGAGCUCUGAAAGAUGCCUAUGGCUCCAGUGCCCCAAGCCUGACCUCUGCAGCUCUGCGCUGGCUGUACCAUCACUCCAAACUGCAG